AUGGAAGCCCAAGCAAUCAUGAAGGAAGAUGUUGUACAGAAGCAACAUCCGCAUCGUGCGCGCCACUUUACUCCUGGAGUUAUGAUGGCAGAUCUGACCACAGCAUUUGCUGUGGGUGCCACUGCGGCCAUUCCUAUUUCCAUUGUGGAUUACAGUAUCAUGGCACGAGUAGCGGGGGUAACAGACAGUAGUCUUCGCGAGUUGUGGAGGGGAACCAAAACUUUGUUUCUGCGUCCACACCGAUUCUUCCUGCCUUGUGCGCAAAAUAAGUGCAGUUUGGUUUACGGCGUGUGCACUGUUGUUUAUACAUCUACUUAUAUCGGCUCAAACAUGACAAAAAGUUACUGUGAAACCAAAGGAUACAGCCCGGAGUACUGUAAUCUCGCGGCUGGUAUUAUGAGCGGUGUUCUUAACACCAUCACAACAGUGUGGAAGGAUGGUAUUAUCCUCAAAUCCCUGCCGCCAGCGAAUGCAGAGACGGCUGCUGCUGCAAGGAAGCCUGUGCCGUGGCUCACACGGGGACUUUUCUGCGGUCGAGAUACACUUACAUGCAUCGCUGCUUUUACCAUUGCCCCAAUGGUGGCAACUUGGCUCACACAGUACUGUUGGAAUCCCACAGAAAAUGCAAAGUUGCCGAAGCCCCUGCCGGUAGAGGGAAAGACACAGGUGCCACUCCCCACCACAGAUAUGGCGCAAAUCCUCACACCAGCUGUAUUGCAGUUUGUGACGACGCUGAUGCACAUCACCGCCAUCCGCUAUCGUCAGACGUAUCCAAAUUUCAGCAUGGCAGAUCUGAAUCAAAGUCUGCGGCAGACCUAUUGGUCCUCAACGUUGCUGCGUAUAUUCCGUAUUAUCCCAUCAUUCGGUUUGGGAGCCAUCUUAAACCGCGAGAUGAGGUCAAAUCUGCUUGACCGCGCUGAGGGGCCCAAAUAUAUGUAA